GAUAUAGAAUAGGAAAAACAGGAAAAAAGUGGUGAUUAGUGCUGAAAUCAUUAAGUAUAAAAAACAAGACAGUGAUGUGAAAAAAACAACUAAAGACAUGCCAAUUAAUGCUUACACGAAUCUAAGGGAUUCGAGUCCUUGACUAGAGGUGAUUAAUACCCCUUUUCCUCGGGGUGAGAGAGAGACGCAAUAAUGAGUGUGAUUUGGGAAAGCCAGUGAAAUAAGAGGACAAUCAAUGGAAAAGUGCAGGAUAAUUGGACGACACAAUGCAUGAGCUUUGGAGGACGAGGAAGGAUAGAAAAGUACAUAGCAGAGGCAAUUCCACAGUUGUAUGAUAUGACGUUAGAUUCGAGGCGUGUUUGUCUUUCUCGUCUAUUAUAUAAUGCUCACAGAGCACCAAACCGCCCCAAUUGGUCAGGAGACACCGAAGAAAGUGAAGUUUUUCAAACGGAACCCAUGGUGCUCCUUCCAAGAUAACUUGAAUGCCUCCCACUUUCGCCGCGGCCGCCGAAUUCAUGGACUGCAGCUGCCACUGCACCCACUGCAACUGAUUGGGUGGGUGGCUCUCACGACUUUUGGCCUGGCCACCUUCCUCGUGCUGAUACCAGCCCUUAAGACAUCCGCCCAGCAACCCUUGUUCGGCCUCCUCUCCGGCCUGUACGUUGUGCAUGGCAUAUCGCACCUGGCCGCACUUCUGCUCGAUCCGUCCGAUCCGGAACUGAGGAAGCAGAAUGUGGACCGCAUAGUGCCGGAGUUUGAUCGCACGAAGCACGCCCACGUAAUCGAGAAUGGUCGCUGCCACUUGUGCAACAUUGCCACCAGUAGCUUCAGGACGAAACACUGCAGCGUGUGCAACAAGUGCGUGGGGAAGUUCGAUCAUCAUUGUAAAUGGUUAAACCACUGUGUCGGCGAGAGAAAUUAUGUGGCCUUCCUCAUGUGUGUAGUGAGUGCCGUUUGUGCAACACUGGUCAUCUGGACCGCUGCUAUUGCAGAAAUUUGGCUGUACCACAUUAAGCCGGAGUGGCUGAACAUAUGGAGUUGGGGUGAGGAGUCGAGCAUAUUCUUCAAUGACACCACAUCAAGUGGGAAUGGUUCUCUCCUCAAUGACACCGCUGCGGGACUGAAUGUGUCUCAUAGCAAUGUGAGCGAGAGCCUGGGAGACACUGUUGAUGCUAUUAGCAGUGGAAUUGGAUUACAUGACACGGUGUUCUUGGCAUUUUUGGCCGUCCUGGGAAUCCUAGCUGCCAUCUCAGCCGGUCUCCUCCUUCAUCUCUGUUUUUUCCACAUUUACAUCUCUUUCCUGGGUCUCACCACGUACGAGUACAUUCGCAAUCGUCGCCAGAACGGCAACUCUAAUACACCGUCCACACUGCCGGCAGUUAUAGAGGCUGAUUCCACCCUGGCUGCCUCAUCUGUGUACUUCUGCUCCUCCGUGGCGACUUCAUCCACAUCUACAGAGGCGGCGCAAAUUCCUCAAGUCCUCAAUAGACCACGAUCCCUGCAUUGCUGCGAGUCAACGCGGGAGUAUGAACACCAAGUGGCGCACCAUCAUCGGGCGUACUACGUGUGCUCCCUGCUAAAGCAAAGCUCAUCAGCUGCAAUGUACGGUAACAGCAGUCAAGAGUGUGAAUCCAGAACUUUUCAUUGCUGCUCUCAACUAAAGAGAGUGGACCAGGAAGCCCUACCGCAGACGAAUAAUCAGUCAAUCGUGCGCUAUGCCGAGCAGUGCACCUUCUGUAGCUUCCGCAUUAAAGCACCUGCAAAGACGGAUGCGUUGUCGUUCCAGAGCAAGCGCUGCUGUCUCAAGUCAAUUACCAAACACCACCACAGGUGGCGACGGAAGUGGAAUUGCUGUUCAUCCGUGCCAGACAGUCCGGACAUACCUGUUGAUGCUAUCCGCACCGUCACAUCGACAGUGCCGCCCCUUCCGCAUGGCGAUGAACCAAAGAUGAUUGAUGCCCAUUUGAGACACAACGAAUACCACGACAAGAAAGCCUCUCUUCACAGACCGCCGAGGGUAGAGUUGAAUGGGAGUGCGAAUAACAUUGGUGGAAAGCAUACGAGAUCUCGUCUUGUCCGACCGUGGCCAGUUUCUCGCUUUCGGCACAUGCUGAGGACCAUUGGACAGUACAGAACAUCCCACUGUCGCCGCGGAAACAAUGCCGUGCUGAAGCAGAACCAAAUUCGUCCACUAUCAUCCGUCGAGCAACACAAUACAACGAUGCCAAUACCUUCCAUUCACGUCCAAACUGUUUUGCCCACUUCGGCAAUUCGCUCCAAUGAUGACGACAGUGCAACUGAUAUGACUGGAAUUUCCUUGCCAGCGCUGCCGCCGCCGCCGAGGCGGAAGAUUCGCAACACGGCAGACCUGCAAGAACUCGCAGAUACACUAGCAUUUGUGCAGCAUCCGAGAAAUGGCAGUGGUAAUCCAAUUAGGCGACAAGGGCGGCGGAAAAACCUACUGCGUACACGAAGUCCCACUUUAUCACCGAUUCACGAGUCAGGACUCUCGAAUCCCACCUCGCCGAAGCCCUGUCGUCACGCCACAUGCAACAGUGACUUCUGUUCUAGCGAUAGUAUCACAAAUAUCAACGGAUCCGGUGUUCACGAGAAGUGAACGCCUCUAUUGCUGAUAGAUUGUAGAAAUUAUAGUGCAUGGAUCAUCUCAAGAAAUGAGGGAGAAACUAACUCUGUCACUUGCUUUUUGUAUUUCUAAAUAUUUUGCCUGUGAGACGCAGAGUGAAGCCGAUGUAUAUUUAUCGAUUAAUGUGCAGCGUGCAGCAAAGUCACGACAAAAUGUCUAUCUCAAUAUUCACAUCCUGAGUGGGUGGCAUAUUUGAAAUUGUGUGUGUGGCUUGAGAAUGUAAAUCGCGUUCCUUUUGCUAACAUUUUAAUUUAUAAAGAGCAUUUCCUGUGAGCAUGUCUUCGGGUUGUAUUAAUAGAUUUCUCAUUCUAAAUUGAAAAUGUAUUCUUUGAAUAUCUUUUGUUGUGUUAUUUUCCUCACAAGCGUGUGCAAAUGAAAUUAAUAGGUUCAUUGCAAAACCUCCCCUAAAGUUUUCUUCGGCGCAGCAAAGGUCAACAGUGUCUUUUUUCGGUAAAGAACAUUCAACCGGCAUUCCGUGGAGUUUGACUGAAAAGUUUUUGCAAUUUCAAGGUUUACACACAAAUACUUUAAAUGCUAACUCAAUUAAAAUAACUAAUCUGAUUACUUUUCAUGUUCAUUGUACGAUAAAUUGGGUGUAAAAGUUGGCAAAUUGAAUAGAUGGUGAUAAUAUUUUUUUAUAAAGAUAUUUUCAAGCAAGAAAUAAUUUAUAUAUGUACCACAAGACAUUCACAAAAAUGAUAUUUUACAAUGAUAAACGAGAGAGGAAUUGUUUAUAUAUAUACAUACAUAAUGUAUCCAAGAAAUAUUCAUAACGAUAAGUCUAUAAAAAUAUAUUAAAUAAACAUUAAGUCAGUUGAGAGACUUUGAUCUUUAUGUGAAUAAUAGGAUUAAACAAUAUUGUGUAGUUAACAAGACAUAACGAAUGAGUUUGAUAUUUAAAGGUAUUUUUUACUCAUCACCAGGAAUGAAAAAGGGAAUCUCACGUGAGAAAGUAUGAUAAUUUCUUUAUGCAGCAUGACAUUUGUGAGAUCACUCAUUUGAAUUAAAUUUGCUUAAGUGUUUGGAAAAUCAUAUAGAAUACUCAGCAUUUUGAAUUCAUUUACAGCUAUUGUGUAGAACAGUUCAUGAUAAUGUCCCAUAAUUUCUUAAGAGGAUGUUUUAGAGACUAUCAUAUUCAACCACUGUGAAAGUUUUGUGUUUCACGUUUUAAAAUAAAUGAAGAAUAAAAUCAGUUUCAAAAA